AUGAAAUCGCUGUUCGUGUUCGCCCUGCUGCUGGUCGCCGUUUCGGCGAACAUUCCACGCGGACAGCGUGUUGUCGGGGGUGACCUUGCCACCGUUGGUCAGUUCCCGUACGCCGUCGGUCUGAUCACGCGUAUAAACAUCCUGCUGACGGGCCAGUGCUCCGGUUCGCUGGUGUCCGCCAACUACAUCCUGACUGCCGCCCGUUGUGUGUCCGGAAUCCAGAAUGCCGUCGCUGUGUUCGCCGGUGUACGCAUCAACGAUCCGACCGAACAGGGCCAGGUGCGCAUCACCGUGGAUCGCUUCAAGAUCCAUCCGCAGUACGAAAGCGAGCCAGACAUUUACGAUGUCGCGUUGAUUGAGCUGCCACUGCCGGUGCCAUUCAGCGACCGUGUCCGCCCGGUGCGUCUGCCCAAUCUGCGCCAGGUUGAGGCUACCUUCGUUGGACAGCAGGGCACGUACAUCGGUUGGGGACGUUUCGGUGAGGGUACGGCCAACUCGGAUGCUCUGCGCUUUGGUCGCGCCCAGAUCAUCUCGACGCUGGCCUGCCGUAUCAGUCUGCCAACGAACACGAUCGUCGAUGAGCACGUGUGCACUGACGGUGCCAACAGCUCGCCGUGCCAGGGUGAUUUCGGCGCUCCGCUAACGAUCGUCGAUGCCGAUGGCAUCACCACGCAGAUCGGUGUCUUCUCCUUCAUCUCGAUCUUGGGCUGCGAGUCGGGCCGUGCUGCCGUGCACACGCGCAUGUCCUCCUACCUUACCUGGAUCGGCCAGAACUCGGACGUCGAGAUUCGGGACAACUUUGUCGCCUAA